AAAAACAUAAUUAAAUUUAUGGUUUUUUGAUCAACCAUUAAAUCUACAUUUAUUUUGAUAAUGGAAAAUAAUAAAAAUAGCAAGCCCCAAGCAUAGUUGCCACAUAGAAUAGAAAUAGAGGAAACCAUUUUUUUAUCAUGUGAUUAACAAAGUUCCUUUCAUAAACAUAUAUUUUCAUUUGACACAAUUGUAGGAACAGCAAAAUAACUAAUAAGAACAGCCUCUCUAUUAGGUCUCCCUGUUCUGGUUACUGAAUAGAAUCCAUAAAAGCUUGGAAAUUUGAUAAUAGAUCUCCAAAAAGAAUUACCAUAAAUAAAUAGUUAAGUCAUAUAAAAAAUGUCUUUAUCUAUGGUAAAUGACUAAACUAAACAAUUUCUUAACAAAUACCCUCAUCGUAAAACUGCAAUAUUAUUUGGAGUUGAAGCACAUGCAGCAAUACAAUAAACGACACUUGAUUUAAUUUCUUUAGGUUAUAAAGUGUAUUUGAUAACUGAUGGAAUUUCUAGUUAAAGAAAGAUAGAUAGAUCAACUGCAUUCAGGAGAUUAGAAAAUGAAGGAGCCAUAUUAGCUACUUCAGAAUCUGUUAUAUUUGAAUUAAUUAGAACAGCAAAGCAUCCUCAAUUUAAAAAGAUACUAAAUAUAUUAAAGAUGGACAGAGUACAAGCUAUUGCAAAAUUGUGAUUAAUAAAGGAAAAUAUUAGCUAAAAAUUAAUUAAUCUUUAUUUUAUUGAGACAAUAUUUAGUAAAAAUUGGCAAAUAUGUGACAAUAUAUUAAUAAAAAUUUUAAAUUAUCAGCAAUUCAUUAAUAAAU